CCGCACUCCAUUGCAGUCGUUGAACUGCAAUUCCUACAAUCUAUGCGCAGCUCUAACUAUAUACUAUGGAAUACACUAAUUGAGCAUUUCAUAUAAUAUCCCAAUCACCUCCACAUCCCUAGACCAGCAUUCCACGGUCAACCACCAACGCAACGCUCAACCCUGCCUGCCUGCCUGCCUGCCUGCCUGCCUUCGCGAAAGCAAAAAGCGAAGCAAAGAAAAGAUGCGCCUCGCCCACCUUCACUUCCCAGACAUCACCUCCUUCACCCGAGUGUCAAACCUCCAAAAAACCCUCACAACCCGCCUCCUCGCCCACAAAAAGCUCGCCCAAUCCCCAACAACAGGCCAAACACCCCCUCCACCCCCCGACCCAACAAUCAUCACCUUCACCCCGAACCCAGUCUACACCACGGGACGCCGCGACCUCCCACCGUCCAACACCUCUCCACAGCCGCCAUCCCAAUCGACGACACACGCGCUCUCCCUCCCGCCGCCGCUCGAACCCAUCCGCUCGUUGCUUUCCGCGGGGAACGGGUCUCCCGCGGUAGCUGAAUACCACCCCACGCUUCGCGGCGGACAAACCACGUACCAUGGCCCCGGGCAAAUGGUCGCAUACACGAUUCUCGAUCUGCGGCGGCUGGGUCUCACGCCGCGCUGCCAUAUCAGACUGUUGGAGAAGAGUGUCGUGGAUGUUCUGGGCUUUUACGGACUCAAGGGUCUGGUUACGGAGGAUCCCGGGGUGUGGGUUGGCGGCACCACCACCACCAGCAGGGCCAGCCAUGAACUGCCGAAAAAAAUCACCGCCGUGGGUGUGCACCUUCGGCGCAAUAUCAGCAGUUUCGGGAUUGGGUUUAAUGUGACGGAUGAGCCGAUGUGGUAUUUUCAGCAGAUUGUGGCGUGUGGGCUUGAAGGUCGGGAAGUGACAAGUUUGGAGGGGCAGGGUGUGGAGGGGGUUACGGUUGGAGAGGUUGCGGAGAGGUUUGUAGGUGCGUUUGUGGAGAGGGUGAAUGCGGAUUUUGCUUGUGGUGGUGCAGCGUCGGGGGAGAAGAUCGAGGAGGUGUAUAGAGUUAGUGAAGAGGAUUUACUUGAAUGCUCUUUGGGGUAGGAUUGUUUAUAUAUAUAUAUAUUUUUUUUUAAAAAUCCUAAUCUCAUUUGGAAGCGGAAGGUGUAGAGGAGUCUGAAAUAUACAGGAUAAAAGAAAGAAUGGUAUCGAAUUGAGCUAGGGCUAUGCUGGCUCGAAACAGUACAAUCCAAAUAGUU